AUGGUAAAUGAUGAUGUCAAUAAAAUAAUGAACAGUUGCCAUAUAAUUUGGUUGGAUGAUACUAUUGAAACGGAUAAACAAAGUGAAGAUAUAAGAGGACGUAUACGACACGUGGGUAGAGGUCAUUUAAAGAUAUUUGCUGAUCCAGAUCAAUGUAUUGAUGAUAUAACCACAGAAUUAAUAGAAAAACAAGUAUUUCUUAUUACUUCUAAUGCAUUUGGUCGAAAUAUUGUGCCAUUAAUACAUGAAUUAUCACAGCUACAAGCAAUUUAUAUUUAUUGUCGAAACAAAAAAGCAGCAGAACUAUGGUCGAAAUCAAUUGGAAAAGUUUUGGGUAUAUUUAUAAGACCAGAAGAACUAUAUAUUAGAAUCUCAAAUGAUCUCAAUAAAUAUAUUACAGAUAGUAAUAUACCAAUGAGUAUAUUUCAUCUUUCUGAACGUGAUAAAACAUUACAAGAAUUAACUAACGAAAGUAUAACAUCUAUAUGGUAUCGUUUAAUGUUUACAGUUCUCCAAUCAAUGGUAAAAUAUGGUAAUGCAAAAGAUGAUAUGGUUGAGGUAUGUCAAGCAUGUUACUAUGAUAAUAAAGCUCAAAACAAAAAAAUAAUUGAUUUUGAAAAAGACUACUCCCCAGAAAAAGCAGUUUGGUGGUAUACAUAUGAUAGUUUUCUAUAUCGUUUAUUAAAUAAAGCAUUACGUACACAAAAUAUGGAAAUAAUAUUUAAAUUUCGAUUUUUUUAUCAAUGA